AUGGCGAACGAUGGUCGGGAGCGCGCCGACUGGGAGGCUUACCGCGAGCGUACUCUGAAGCGAAUUGCGGAGUUUGAGAAGUCGAAAGCUGCGUUCGACGAAGAAAGAGCCAAGUUUGAGGCUGACAAGAAGGCGGAGGAGUGGGGCCGCGAGGGGCUGCAGAAAAAACUCCACAAUGUUGAGGAGCAACUGGCCAAGGAGAAGGCCGAGUUCAAGCGUAUAUGCGCCCAAGACAACGAGCGUACUUAUGCUCUACGACAGAAGAUCGUUGAUCUUGAGGCUAAAGUUGCGGACUUGACCUCAAAGGUGGAGGAAGCGCAGGGUGAAAAAACUGCCAAGCAGCAGAUGGAGGUUGAGCUGACUGAAGCCAAGGUGCAAUUGUCUAACAAGGACAAGGAUCUCCAUGCCAAGGACGUUGAGAUAGCGGAACUCAAACGUCGCUUGAAUGAGCAAAUCGACAGAUGCGAGUCUUUGGAGAUUGACCUUGAGGCUGAGAAGGUCAAGGCUGCUGAUGCUGAGGAGGCGCGUGCUGUGAGCACUGCCGCGCUGAAUGUGGCUCAAACCAACUACUCUGAGGCUCAAGGUAUCGUCGAUACACUUGUCUCAGAAGCGGAGUGGAUGCGCACUCGUGGAGUAGUGUUGGUUGCCAACUCCAUCCUGAAUGCGAACGAGCUAGAUCGCGCCGUGGCGGCUCUGACAGAUGCGGCGCGUGCGGUGGGUCACCGAGGAGGCUACCUGGAGUGUGCUGAUCAUGUUGAGCAAAUGCUUGGGCAAGAAUUUGACACAAGCCAUUGCUCAGUAACAGAACGUGCCGAUGCUGCGCUGGCAAGUGCUGAAAAUUCCUAUGACAACCUCUCCUUGCCUAUCAUGGAGUUGGUUGUCGAAUCGUUAAAGAAAGACGACUGGUGCCAGCGUCUUAAGGCAAUCCUCGAUCCACCGUUACCGUCGAGUUGUCCGACGAAGAGCCAGCUGGUGAUGAUGGCGGUGAUGGGCAUAUAUGAUAUUUUUAGUUCACUCUGUGAUUUUGUGGCAUGGUGUGAUGGUAUGCCCACCUCAGAGUUUCACUUAGCAAAAACUCGAAGAUAUAUCUAA